AUGAGAAACCAGCCGAUGCCGGCGGGCAAAGGGGAUGCUUCACGCACCGGCCCCGGGCACUGCCCGCCGGCUGAGCCGGACCCCCCCAGCAGAAGAGCCCGGCCCGCUGGGCCCUGCCCCGGCUGCUGCGAGGAGGAGUGCUGUAAAGAAAGAUCAGUGCUUGUGCAGCCAACAUUUGUAUUCGAAAAGAAAGACUGUUCUUUGAAGCGGCCUGCAGAAGCCCCAAUUUGCAACGCUGAAAAUGACACAACUUUUGCUCAGAAAAGAGGGAGAUUAUCUUCCUUUAUCAUCCUUCCUGCCUUCCCUCCCUCCCACCCAGUAAAGAAGAAUAACAUAUUCAUGACCUCAGCUGCUUUUCAAAGAAAUACUGACUGGAUCAAAAGUACAAAAGAAGGAUCCUUGUCACAAAGUCAACUGUGGAAUGUCAUUAGACCUGCCAUUUUGCAACCCCCACAAGUCCUGUCCUGUCCUGAAAAUCCUGUAGUAUCUCUAGUAACUAAGAAAGAAGCACAUGUUCAGCUAUCUGAAGACAGCUCUUUUUCCCCAGCUGAGAAUUCAGUAGGAUCCAAACCAGCAGCAAGGUCAUCUACUACCAUGAAUCCUUCUAGCUCUAAAACAUCGCAAAGUCAGCUAUUUGCAGACAGAAGUGUACAAAAGAGCAGCAAUUCUGAUUUUGUGUUUGGAGAAAACAUGGAUGAAAGAGUUCUGAGCCCUGAAAAGCAUCCCAAGCUGUGUAAUGAAGCCGAUUCAUACAAAGGAGAAAUAACAUCCAUGUACAUAGAAUCUUUUUAUGUCAGUCCACAAACAAAAACAGCUUUGUUGAGGAAUACAACACUAACGGAAUCAGCAACUGCUUGUAUUUCUAAGCCAGUGGAGAAAGUUCUGUUAGAUAAAGUUGAAGUUAUAACUGGGGAAGAAGCAGAACACAAUGUAUUGCAGAUAAACUGCAAGCUCUUUGUGUUUAAUAAGCUCUCUUUAACCUGGACUGAAAGAGGCAGUGGAUCCCUGAGGCUUAAUGACACUUCUAGCAAUAAAGAUGGAAUGUUGCGGUCAAGGCUAAUUAUGCGAAAUCAAGGCAGCUUGAGACUAAUUCUUAACACCCGACUCUGGGAUCAAAUGGUUAUAAAAAGGGCAAACAGGAAGAGCCUGUGCUUCACUGCAACAGACCAAGAGGACCACUCUGUUCAAGUAUUUCUAAUUCAGGGAAGCUCAAAAGACACUGGGUACCUGUAUGCAGCAAUACAUCACCGCCUUGUGGCACUGCGAAGCUUUGCUGAGCAAGAGCCAGAUGCUAAUCAGGUAGACACAGAGUCAGAAAUAGCUUCUCAGCCAUUAAACUAUGAUAGCGACGAUGAAGCUGAUGAAAAAAUAACUCAAGAGAGCAGCAGUGGAUCUGAUCAUUCUAGAUGGAACCGCAGGCAGUCUGUAGUCUGCUCGUGACACCUCCCAGAGCUUACAACAUCACGGCUGGGAACUCAUCUUCCCAAAAUGUCUAAGCUGACUCAUCAGCCCCUGGAAGGAGGAAAUCAGAUGCAUUUUGCUUUAAGACUUUCAAACAAAGAUUAAUUUUAGGGACAGCUUAAGUUUAACACAUUGAGAAAGAGCUUGAGAUGCACUUUUGGGGAUUCCAGUUGGCCUGCUUUGCACUGAGGUAGGAAUGACACAAUGGCUUCCAAUACUCAAGAAGUGUUACAAAGGCUUCAGAUUUUAGAAUUGAGUAUAUCUAGAUGCAUUAUUAAAGUAAGGAAUUUUAUGGAAUCAAUAUUCAUCGUAUUGAUUGAAAAAAACACAUUACCAUGAACUAAUAAUAUACAUGAAGAGAUAGUUGUCACUUUUCAUCUAUUAUUUAAAAGGUACAUUUAAAAAGCUUUAAAUAGGGCUUCACUGAAACCUUUUAUUUAAAGUUGUGUGGUAACAUUUAGCAUCCUGUUUGUAAGUACAUACCAGCAGAAUUGGGAGUGGCAGGCUAGCAUGACCUAGGCCUGUAUAUAUCAGCCUUCAUAACAAGUUUUUUUUUUUCCUGUUUGUUUUGAAAAUACAUGGAGUUGUAUACUGGUUGUAGAAUUUUGUUAAAGGGCAAAGAAACAUGAUCAGCUCUUACAGCUGUAAGCAUCAGAAGAAUUCACAGUGAAGAAUUGCAAUCCAAUUGUAAGGGACAUAGGAGCUUUAAGAUGUAGAAGUGUAUUUGCUUGCACUCAUUAACACCUUCUCAGUUGCACAGAACAAGUACUUGCACUGUUAAUUGUCUAUUUGAUAUAAGUGAAUAAAUGCAUGCACAGUAUAACUAGAUAUUUGCAUUAAAAAUUCUCUUUAAUGUGUGAGAUUAUCUGAGAUUACUUCUGCUUUAGCUGUAGCUAUCCCUGAACAGCAUCAUUCCUUGAAAUAGAUGAAUGUUACACUUCCUAAUAUGUGCAAUAGUUUCAACAGUGCCAAAGACCCACUCACUGUAGAAGUGAUUCCACAAACUACUGCAUUCUACCUAUUCUCAUGGGGAAUCAGGAAAAUCAAUUAUCUCUAAUGCCACCUGUGAAUGAAGACUUUCCAGAUCAUUCAUAAGCUCACACACAGUGGAGGCACCAUUUAUGCUCUGUGUUUUCUAUUCAUUCUGUCAAAAUAUAUAAAAAACAAUGUCAGCAAUCAUUCUGCUGUAGCUCUCUCCUGCCUUGUAUGCUGUUGGUUACCAAAAAUGAUUUGUCAUCCUAAAAAGCUGAAACAAUGUUCUGCAAUAAUUGAAGUCCUUUUAAUUAGGGUAAUUGUAACCAUUUCUCAAUCUUAAAAACUGAAUCACACUCAAAGGGUCAAAUUACAACUUAGUUUUCCCAUCUGAACAUAUUUAUGCAGUUGGAAGAAUUCCGGCUUCUUCCUGAAUUCUCAGUGCCCUGUCAAGAUGAGCAUCCAGAUGAAGCUGAACCAGCAUCUGGAUUACCUUGAAUUCCAAGCAGCCCACCAAAAUUAGUGUUUCUCUGACAUUUAUUUAGCAUCUGGGUGAAUGUAAGCUUAAGUGGGUUUGGAUUUCUGCCUUGAGGAAAAGAGGAGUUCUUCACAACAGAGGGCCUGUGUCAAAAAGUAACACACUGGGAUUCUCUUUGACUUCAGUUUGCCGAUAACAAAACUGUUCUUUCCAUGACUAGCUGUACAUUGUGACCUUUUCUAUCAGCCUCACUCCUGACCAGAACAGUAUCUGCAUCACUGAUGUUCAUAUUUCAUUGCUGCAACUCAUACUUGGGAACAAAGCUCCAUAGUGUAAGAACUUCAGUAGUUGUAAAACACAGCAGCCCCAUGUAUUUAGCAACAGGUCACGGUGAUAACUUUGCCCUGGAGUUCAGCUGGCUAUGCACUACAUGCAGAGUUUGAUUUCAAAGUCUGUCCUGAUAAUCAAAGCCUGCUGUGAAACAGGACUUAAGCACCUGAGUGUCAUGAUACCCCUCUAAAUUCUACUACAGCUGUAAAAUCCUUGGCAAAAGGAGUGUUCCAGAGCAGGCACAACAGCACAUUUGCAGACACACUUAAACUUUGUAAUUUGCUCCCACAGCAUGAGGAACAAGGUUUAUGAUCAUUCACAAAUAAACUCUCUUUUGAUCUGCCUCUUGCCAAGGCUGUUACAUAUAUAUAUGUGUGUGCAUAUAUAUAUAUGCACACACAUAUAUAUGAAUAUACACACUAACACAAAGGCUCAAACAUGAAGCUAUGUCUCCUAAAAGCUGAGGAGGAAAAGACAGGCUUAACUAAUUUGAAGAGCUUGUAUACUGUAGUAAUAGAGGACAUAUAAAUCCAUUUAUGUGCAUUUAUAUUUAUGGUAUGAAUUUUUACUCUUGAGUUCCUAAUACUUUAUUUAUUUUAUUUAGUCUCCUUGCACUAAAAUUAAUUGUUUCUCAAGAUUGAUGGUAUGCUAAUAUGUAAUAUAUUAAAUUGGUUUUAAAAAUGUAAAGUUUGACAUUUUAUGACAGACAGAGUGACAAUUUCUAUGCCUGAACAAUAAAAAAUUU